UAUAAAACUACUCUUGAGUUGGGUAAAUAUCACAAUUUUGCGGUGAUAACUAUGACAUAUAACAGCUGAUUCGUGACGUCACGGAUCUUAUAACCAAACUGAUAACUACACUCGCUUGAACGGAUUGGUAAAUACCAACCCAAAAUGGUAAAUACCAUUUCCAUUUGGUUAUCCGCUUGAAUUUGAUUAAUGAAACCCAUCACUUAAUAUGACACAGAACAUAAACUUUACCGCUCAGAUGAUUUGGUUAUAAGUAGACUAUAACCUCACUUUUCGAGGGCCGGUGCCAAGUAUUCGUUUUGUGGGUGCCAACAUGGCUUUCCUAAGGGUUAUUCCAAUUUUAUACGUAGCAUCUUGCUCGUUGGCUGUAGUCAAAGAGAACUUCAAAACAUGCGAACAAAGUAGUUUUUGCAGACGUUUGAGGGGUUUUAAAGCUGAAGUGAGCCCAUAUCAACUUGAUUUGACCGAUCUACUAGUCACAGACAAUGCUCUGGAGACCAAACUCAUAAACACUGAAACCAACUCUCACUUCAAGGUAUCCCUCUCUGCAGUGCAUGGUGAUAUUUUCCGUAUCCAAGUAGAUGAGGUAAUGGGGUUGUAUCCCCGUUAUAAUCCUCAGUAUGCAUUGAAUGGAGAGCCUCAGCCAGCAAAACUCAGAGUGGUUGACAAGUCCAAAGAACAUAUCACUGUUCAGUACUCUGAUAACAAGGCAACUUUGCAUGCCAAACCGUUCAAGGUAGAAUUUGUCAAGGAUGACAAUCUGGUAGCGGUUUUGAAUAGUAGAGGACUUUUCCACUUUGAGCAUUACAGAACAAGACCAACAGAAAGUGAGAAUGAAGUAGAACAUCAGAAAAUAGAAGAUCCAGGAGCAUGGGAGGAGAACUUCAAAUCUCACCAUGACAGCAAACCAAAAGGACCAUCUGGCAUAGCAGUGGACAUCACCUUCCCAGGAGCGAUGAGAGCAUAUGGACUGCCUGAGCAUGCUGAUAAGUUACCCUUGAGAACUACUAAUGGUGGGGAGCCAUAUAGGCUUUACAAUCUAGAUGUGUUUGAAUAUGAGGUUGACUCUCCCAUGGCAAUAUAUGGGGCAGUACCUGUGCUAUAUGCACAUUCACCAAAGCACACAGUAGGGUUCUUUUGGCAUAAUGCAGCUGAAACCUGGAUUGAUAUCACUAACAGUAAGGAUGAGAAUGUCAUGUCCUCAUUGGUGAAUUUGGUAUCUGGCUCAAAAGAAAGCAGCGUCAGUGCCCAUUUCAUAAGUGAAAGUGGAAUAAUGGAUAUGUUUGUUUUGAUGGGUCCCAAACCUAGGGAUGCUGUCAAACAAUAUGCUUCACUCACAGGUGUAGCUCCACUUCCUCAGUACUUCACACUAGCAUACCAUCAAUGCCGUUGGAACUACAAUGAUCAAGAUGAUGUCACCAGUGUAGUAGCAAACUUUGACAUCCAUGACAUGCCAGUAGACAUCAUGUGGUUGGACAUAGAGUACACAGAUGGCAAGAAGUACUUUACCUGGGAUCCAGUCAAGUUUCCUAACCCUGAUGAAAUGGUCAACAACUUGACCUCCACUGGCAGGAAGCUGGUGGUCAUUAUUGAUCCUCAUAUCAAAAGGGAAGCUGGGUACUUCUUGCAUGAGGAUGCUGUUGCUAACGAUUAUUACGUAAAGAAUAAGGAUGGCACAGUAUAUGAAGGAUGGUGUUGGCCCGGAUCAAGCAGCUACUUGGACUUUUACGAUCCAAAGGUGGUUGACUAUUAUAAAGGUCUGUACGCGUUCGACAAGUUCAAAGGCACUACGGAUGAUGUCUAUAUUUGGAAUGACAUGAAUGAACCAUCAGUGUUCAAUGGUCCUGAAAUUACAAUGCCCAAGGACUGCAUUCAUCAUGGCAAUUGGGAACACAGAGACAUACAUAAUGAAUAUGCUUUGUCUCACACUAUCGGUACGUUUAAAGGCCUUGUCGAGCGUUCCCCCACGCGUAGACCUUUCAUCCUAACACGAGGUCACUUUGCUGGAAGUCAGAGAUACACCGCGAUGUGGACUGGGGACAAUGCUGCCGAUUGGUCUCAUUUGGCCAUAAGUUACGCGAUGUGCGCCUCCGAAGCUCUUGGAGGCAUCAGUUUUUGUGGAGCUGAUAUUGGAGGGUUCUUCGGUAAUCCUGACAUGGAGCUUUUGCAGAGAUGGUACCAAGCUGCAGUAUGGCUUCCAUUCAUGAGAGCCCAUGCGCACAUUGACACUCGCCGCAGAGAGCCCUACCUAUUCUCAGAGGACGUGAAGAACAGGGUCAGAAUUGCCCUGAGGCUAAGAUACGCUCACCUGCCUCUUUGGUACACGUUAUUCUACGAACAUGAAACAACUGGUGAACCUGUUAUCAGGCCAUUGUUUUACGAAUUUCCCGAGGAAGCAGAAGUUUUGGAUAUCGAUAAUGAGAUCCUCGUCGGCAAUGCGGUUUUAGCCAGAAUGAUCGCUGAACCAGGCGUGUCCACCAUCAGCGUGUAUCUACCAGGAGGUCCUACAGAACAGUGGUAUGACAUUGAAGACUUCAAGAUGUACCAGGGUGGCACCCACAAUAUCCCAGUUUCAUUGGAUAAAAUUGUUGCCUUCUACAGGGGUGGUAACAUAAUAGCAAGGAAAGACCGUCCCAGAAGAUCUUCGUCUUUGAUGCACAAUGACCCUUUUACCCUUUAUGUGGCACUAGACAACAAACAGACAGCUUCGGGGACACUUUUUGUCGAUGACCAUGCCAGUUUUGAGUACAGGGCAAAGAAGUACCUGUAUCUCCACUUGGAAUAUGCUGACAACACUCUUACCAGCAAUUUGAUUGAUAAAACUGAUUAUCCUACCAAAGAAUGGGUAGAGAGAGUUGUUAUCUUCAAACCGCCACCUGGUGUCAAAGCAGCGACACUCACCAGCAAAACUUUGGGAACCGUCGACUUGGAAGUGGCAUAUACUAGGGAACAUAAAGCGUUAGUCAUCAGAAAACCUGGUGUUAAUAUUAGGGAACCAUUUAGUAUUAAAUUGUAUUAGAAAAUGUUGUAUGUGUUUCAAAACACUAGCCAUUUGUUCUAGAGUUAUUUACGUUUACAAUGUUUUUUUGUGAUUCUAUAGACUUGAAGGCCCUUUGAGAAUGACUGAGAGUGUGGCAGGGUUAGGUAAUAUAUUUUUUCCUCAUUUGACGUUUUAACUUAACAAGAGCUUGUAACUAUACCUAAAAGAAAACCAAUACCUCACGACUUUUCAGGUAAUACAGGUUUAAAUUGAAGAUAAAGACGAUACAUCAAUGUUUCUGAAAGAUUUUAAUAUAUUAAUGUUUACCAUCGAUCGUCAUUUUCAUAUACCAUUGAUAUAUAAAUGGGCAUAUAUUUGAAGUUUUUGGUACUAAUAUUACAACCGUUCAAAACCUUAUUAUACCAUCAACAAAAUUAUUCAAUUGGUUUAUUUCAAAUGGUAUAUUUCCUAAUAUUUUCAAACAGUCGAAAGUUAUCCCCCUCUUUAAACAAAUAGAUCUUUCAAAUUAUAGACCUAUCUCACUUAUACUCCUACUUGCUAAGAUACUUGACAUUAAUUAUCUAUUUUUUUUUAUCGGGCUUUUGUGUCCAACAUUCUUGGACAAAAAUUGGCGUAUUACACGUUCCAUAAUAGUAGCAUUAGGCUCUUGUCAUCUUAUUUGAGCAACAGACAGCAGCUUUUAACCUUCAACAACACUACCCCCAGCACAAUUACAGUUUCAUGUGCCAUCCCAUAGGGUUCUGUGCUGGAUCCACUUUUAUUCUUAAUACAGAUAAAUGACCUUCCUAUUUGUAGUACAAAAAAAAAACCUUAUACUGUUGGCCGAUAACACAACAAUGGUCUGUAGUAGCAAAUCCAUUGGUCUACUUUUCUCUGUGAUAUUGAGUAUAUAAUAAAUUGGUUUUUAGCGAAUAAACUGACACUUAAUGCUUCAAAGACACAGUCCAUGGUAAUAAGUUUGUCUCACCAUAACGUCAAUACCAUAGAAACAGUAAAAUGUUUGGCUGUAUUGAUUGGGAGGAACAUGUAAACAGUAUUCUCAGGGAACUCUAUCCUAGACCAUUUUUUUAAUUAGGAAUCUGAAAACCUGUGUUUCUGGUGAUACGUUGCUAACCACAUAUUAUGGAUAUUUCCACUUAAGAAUGUCAUAUGCAUUCUUGAACUGGGGUCACUCUGUGCAUAUGCCUAAAGUAUUUGCAUUACGAAAGCGCUGCAUAAGUCAUCGCACGUCUGAGUUAUAUGCAGCCAUGUAGGGAGGCAUUUAUCAACCUAAAGAUACUUACUCUUCCAUCUCUAUAUAUAUUUAUCUGCUUAUGUUACCUACAGAGCAAUUUGGAUCUAAACAAAACGCACAGUGUACAUAGUCUACAAAUAACUAGAAACAGUUCUUACAACUAUGGAAUCCUUUUUUAUAAUGUUCAUCCUAAGCUUCUUAGGAUGGUUGGCCCCGGCUCGUUUAAGCAUAGAAUUAAAGGCGUACCUUAUCAAGAAAGCUUUUUAUACCAUAUCAAAGUUAUUUUCGAUAAUUACUAGGUCAUAGCUCAUGUUUCAUAGUUUAAAAAACCAUCAAUGUUUUGAUACAUCAAAGUUUAUCUUUACAAUGUUUGCAUCCCUUCUUUGAAAACUUGAAUCUGUCAGGGUCAAGUGUUGAAAAAAAAAAUACAAAAGGGCUUUUACAUAAAUGAUUUGUCAAAUACAUACAUAAAAUUGAAAGUUGAAAAAAUGAGAGUUCGAGUUUUGAACUGGUUGCUUCUCAAAAAAUUGGCAAAAACGUUUCCUGGCAGGUAGUGACUCCAACUUAAAUUCAAAAUAUUCGCUUCGGAACUGCAUCAAACAAGUACACACUCUGCAAGCCGUAGAUUCUCCAUGCCUGAGGCAGUUUAGAAACAGAUAAUGUUACUUUUUUGUAAAGUCAAUUUUACUUUGAUCCACCCGACGAGAUCGACGACUACCGUUCGAGCUGUUCGUUAAAUAAACUUGCGAAGUUAAGUUCACUGGACUACAAAUUUUAAUCUGCCCCAUGAUACAGACUAUUCGCGUUCGAGCUGCUGACAAAUAAACUUGCAAAUUUCGUCGGACUAUAUUCUGUAAUCUGCCCGAAAUGCAAAUUUCACCGAGCUAUCUUUUAAUUCGACCGACGAUAUCGACUAUUUCCAUUCGUGGUGUUUGCAGAAUGCUAGUUUCUCCUGACUUUAUUCUUUACUCAGCCCAACGACAUCGAAAUCUCCCAUUCGAGGUAACAAAUAAAUUUGUUUUUUUUUUUUUUUAGUUUGUACAUGAUGGAGUGAUUAUCCGUGUUACUAUACAAAAAUAGCGUCGGUCAUAUUUCUUGUCAGGAAGUAUCCUCUUCAAUAGUAACUCUAGUUCCUAAUAACAUGUCACGUGCUGCAAGUAUUUUCAAAUUUGGGUAAUUUCCACCUUGACCAUUGCAUUUUUCGCGUAACUCUAGUUCCUAAUAGCAUAAGACGUUGGGCAAAUAUUUUCAAACUUGGGUAUUUUCCACCUUGACAAAUGCAUUUUUAGCGUCUGAUAUUUGCAUCCGUUUUUUGAAGGUUUACCACGGCUGGUGUAAUGAUAAUGACGUAUCCGAUAUGUGUAUAUUGAAGGAGAACUCAAUCAAAUCCUUUGUAAAGGGUGUCCCAAAAUUAACGCAAGAUUUGAAUUAAAUAGAAAAUGCCAUUUUUAGUCUUUUAAUAGUUAUAUUUUUAUUGACUCAUAAAGUACAUAGGAUAGGGUUAUGUAUGGAAUAACACAUCGGACAAAUGGCCUCCACGGCUUUGCAUGCACAUGCGCACUCUUUUGUCGAAAUUUUCCAUGACCC